GAGUUGAGUUCGAGUUUUGAGACAACGGGGAAACGGUACUACUACCGCCAACUUCAUUAUAUUCCUUAGUUUAUUCUUCUAAGUUCUGAUCCUUCCUCUUCUCAGAGACAGACCUUCCUUCUUAUAUCUCUCUCUCUUGCAGUCUGUGCUCGUCCUCUUCUUCCUUCUUCCAUUUUCCAACUUCCAUCUUCUAUCUUCAAAAUUGCUUCUGCUUCCACAGAAGUUUCCCUUCUCUCAUUCUCUUCCUCUGCAAAAAGGGGUUCUUUUUGUUGCCUUUCGGUGCUUUGUUUUAAUCACCUUUCUUCUUCGUUUUUUACCCUCUUUGAAUUAUAAUAGUCUAAAUCGGUAGGGGAAAAAUAAAAGCUUCGACUGCUUCUUUCGAUUCGCAAAGAAGAAAAGAAAGAAAGAAGAAAGAGAGAUAUAUAAUCUGACAAUCGAAUCUCUCUCAAAAGAGAUUUAUUUUCAAAGCAAUCUAAAGUGUCCAAAGAAGAACAUCAAAGAUAUGGCGAUCGAUCUCUGCUCGGCCUCCGACAGCUCUGGUCUGGGGAUGAGUCCCAGAAUUUCGUUUUCUCAUGAUCUACGCCACUCAGAUGUCGUCCCCGUCGAAGAAUACUGUCAUCGAUCAGAUGGGUCUCUUUUGGAUUCCAGUUUCGAUUUUGAUUUCGGCGUUAGCGCAAGCUUUGAGCAAGAACCACCAUUUUCUGCUGAUGAGCUUUUCUUUGACGGAAAAAUCCUUCCUUGUGAAAUUAGGGAGAAAAUACAGAUAGUUCUUCCUUCGAAACAAACCCGUCAUGCUAAGCUUCCUCCUCUUCCGCCUCUGCCUCUACCUCUACCUCUGUUUCCUCCCCCCUCUCCUACUGAUACUACUACGACGACGACGACGACAACAACGAUGUUGAAGACGAGUACAAAAACUGACGAUUCGAAGAAAGAGAGCUUGAAGGAAAUCAUGGCGAUGAGUAAUGAAUCAGAGGAUAAGGCCUCCUCGAAAUCAUUCUGGCGGUUCAAGCGAAGCAGUAGUCUUAAUGCCGGGAACGGGCAAAGACGCAGCUUGAUUUGCUCCCUACCACUUCUAUCUCGAAGCAAUUCAACAGGUUCAUCAACAAAUCCCAAACGACAACCAUUGUUGAAGGAUACUCAAAAACACUCACAUAAACCUCCUACUCCCACACCUGCAAAGUCGUCUUCUUUUUCUUCGUCUUCGUCUCAGUCUCAGAAGCCUCCACUGAAGAAGAAUAGCGGGUCUUACGGUAAUGGUGUCCGAAUCAGUCCUGUUCUCAAUAUUCCUCCUCCCUAUAUUGCCAAGGGAACUGCAAGUUUGUUCGGUUUGGGUUCCUUUUUCUGCGGUGGGAAGGAUAAGAAUAAGAAGAAAUGAUCUGCUUUAUCCUCUCCUCUCUUUAUGUAAAGAAUUGGUUCAACAUUUGCAGAUUUCUCUUGGUUUUCAUUCAAUACACCACCAACAUUCUUCAUGAAUUACUGUGACCAACUUAUGAAUUUGAAUGGAAUUAUGGGAGGAACGAUUACAGAGUUUGAACUUUGAAGUAUCAUUUUCUUUUUAAUGGAUUUUUGGGUUAUGUUACAAUCAAAAUGAUGAAUAGAAUUGCUUUGGGUUCUGAAGAGUGGGCUUUGCAGUGAAAUAGACUAAACAGUAAAAGAAGAAGAAGAAGAAGAAGAUAACGUGCAUCCACAUGUCAGAGGUUUAGGGGACAGAACCAGCAGGUAUCCUCCUUUCAUGGUUAUCCCAUUAUUACUGCUUGAAUCUCUUCAUCUUUUGGAAGAAAAUUUUCCUUUUUACAUGAAAAUACACAUUUGGGUUCUUUUGUUUAAAUGUAUAUACUUUGAUUUGGAAUUGGUUCCUUA